AUGGUGCCAACUAUGGGAGAUACCAACAAAUCAUGGCUUGGGCCUAUGAGGUGGAGUCCCCAGCCGCUCGGGUCUUUCGGGGUCGUUAUAUGCACGAUUAUAUGCAGUCUGGUGGUGAGUCUUUGCCUGGUCAUUUGGAGCAAGAAGACGCGGCUUUGGCAGAGCGCUGUAUUCACCAUGACCCUUUUGUUGGCCAUGUUCAUGCAAGAGGUUCUUCUAUCCCUACUGCAGCCGGAUCACGUGGUCCUUUCUGUGGCUGCGAUCCUUUGUCACUGCAAUGUGCAUCCCAUUUUUCUGGUGCUCAUGAUGCUGGGUUUAAUCGCAGACCUGGGGCAAGAGCUGCUGUUUUUCUUGGAUACCAGCGGUGGUGACUAA